AUGGGUCUCCCCUGUUUCCUCCUCGCACUCGCAUUCUGCGCAGUAUCAAUUGUUGAUUCAAAGCCCUUCAACCGCUACAGACGGGAUGACUCGGCUCCAAAUCCAAUUGGUUCCCAAUACCCCAACAAUGUCACCGGGACGUUAAACCAGACCAUUUCAAUUGUACCCAUUCCUUUCGCACUUGCAAGAAGUAUUAUUCCUGCCCAAUAUGGAAUUCUCACUGCCGCAUAUAAAUCCCUUCUUCCUGGAUUUCCAGCAAACAGCUAUCCUUCUUUCCAUAUUUCAUAUCCUUUCGUUGAUCUUCUUGGAGACGGCUAUUCAAGUUUCCAAUAUCAAGAGUACCUCUUCGUGACAAGCACAAACCCAUACGCGAUAUCUGGCACCGAAGCAUAUGGCACGAUCCCGGUUCCAGCUACAUUUAAUCCUCCGGAUAAAGCAUAUGCCUUCACUUGCCCAGAUCCUCGGAAGAACAAAGGUGACAUUUUCUUUGAUGCAUAUGUCCCGGGGAAUUCUCAACCAGUUGUCACAACCAAAUUCAAACCUAUGCCUGCUCCAGCCGGCCCAUAUUCGCUGAAUUUUUUCGUCAAUGUAACCAACCAGCCAGCCUUCACCGAUGCUCUGGCAUGCGACAAUCAGAUCUUCUACUACAACACUACGCUUUCCCAAGGAGCAAAUGCCCCCGUCACUAUCAAGGGAGAUAUCAAAGUUACGGCUCCGUACCUGCCGACUACUAGCACCUUCAAGAACGUCUGGGGGAUCAAGGUUGAUCUCGCGUUUCUAGAGAAUAAUUUACUUCCUUGCGGAGACUUAAAGGGGUAUCAACAUGUCUAG